UUACAUCAGCUGUCCCCAUCAGAUUGCCCCCUUACAUCAGGUGUCCCCAUCAGAGUGCUCCCUUACAUCAGUUGUCCCGAUCAGAGUGCCCCCUUACAUCAGGUGUCCCCAUCAGAGUACCCCCUUACAUCAGCUGUCCCCAUCAGAGUACCACCUUACAUCAGCUGUCCCCAUCAGAGUACCCCCUUACAUCAGCUGUCCCCAUCAGAGUACCCCCUUACAUCAGCUGUCCCCAUCAGAGUACCCCCUUACAUCAGCUGUCCCCAUCAGAGUACCACCUUACAUCAGCUGUCCCCAUCAGAGUACCCCCUUACAUCAGCUGUCCCCAUCAGAGUACCCCCUUACAUCAGCUGUCCCCAUCAGAGUGACCCCUUACAUCAGAUUCCCCAUCAGAUUGCCCCCUUACAUCAGGUGUCCCCAUCAGAGUGCUCCCUUACAUCAGUUCUCCCCAUCAGAGUGCCCCCUUACAUCAGG